GAGUACUCUCGGAUACCAUUUUAAGAGACACGCCAGCGAUCGAAAGUCAACGUUUCAUUUUUAUUUAUAUUAACAUUUUAAUGUUUCCUGGGGUUUCGUGACAAAAGGCGCUAAACUGUAAGCUAUGACUACAUCAGCUGUAAUGGAGGUGGUUAAGUCGCGGUUAGACCUGGAUUCUCCCAGAUGGGAUCAGAGUACUUUUAUGGGUCGCCUUAAGCACUUCUUCAGUAUAACUGACUCCAGGCUAGCAAUCAGUACCAAUAAACAGUUAGAUGAUGCAAAAGAUCUGGUACAAAACUACAAACUCGGUCUGGAGCCACCAGGAACGACAGAAGAGCAGCUAAGAUACGCUCAACGGCUUUACAUGUCUGCUUUCCAUCCAGACUCGGGGGAGAGACAAAAUUUAAUUGGUAGGAUGUCCUUCCAAGUCCCUGGUGGUAUGCUCAUCACUGGAGCCAUGUUACAGUUCUACCAAACUGUCCCUGCUGUAGUGUUCUGGCAGUGGGUGAAUCAGUCAUUCAACGCUCUCGUGAACUACACAAACAGGAAUGCAGCCUCGUCAAUAACAUCUUGGCAAAUUGGGACAGCAUAUGUUUCAGCCACAACUGGUGCGCUGGUCACUGCGCUUGGACUUAAUGCAUUAACCAAAACGGCACCUCCACUUGUAGCCAGGUAUGUCCCUUUUGCAGCUGUAGCAGCAGCGAACUGUGUGAACAUUCCUAUGAUGAGACAACAGGAGCUCAUCAACGGUAUCGUCAUCUAUGACGACCAGGGCAAGGAGGUCGGAAAAUCAAAGAAAGCAGCGGUAAAAGGAAUUUCUCAGGUAGUCUUCUCAAGAAUAUUCAUGGCAGCUCCUGGCAUGUGUGCACUACCAGUCAUCAUGGAACGUUUAAUAAAAUACCCAUGGUUCAACAGGGUUCCGGCCUUGCAUGCUCCGUUUCAAGUCUUAGGCGUAGGAUGCUUCCUAGUCUUCAUGACACCAUGCGCAUGUGCAUUGUUCCCUCAAAGAAGCUCUAUCGCUGUAUCCAAACUAGAACCUGACACUAGGAAAGCUAUUCAAGACAAAUAUGGCGAUUCACUACCAUACGUCUUCUACAACAAGGGGUUGUGAUUCAGUAUCCAUUGUAAGUAGGAUUAGAUAUUAUGAACAAAUUAUAUAUUUUUAAAAGCUUGUAUCAAUUGUGACCUCUUAGAGAAAAUUACUUCUCCCUUGUAUUAAUUAUGACCUUGUGGAGAAUAUAAUUUCUUCCUAUGAGUACAAGUGCCAUUCAUUCCAAAUGAUUUUUACAAUUGAUUUGUAUGAUGCAUAAAUGGGUAAUUACUUGCCAUCUGUACCAAGAAACUUUGGAUUGUUUGUUUUUGCAUUAUGAUCCAAAAAUACAGAAUCUUUUGAUACAUAUACGUAUUACUAUUUUUUUUUUGGUACUACCAAAAGACUUCUGUAUGUCAAAGAUAUUUAAUGUAUUCUUAGAUGGAAUAUAAAUAAUUUAAAUGCAAAUUUUAAUGGUUAAGAAGCACAAAGUCACCCUAUUUACUUCCUAGUGCAAUACUCAGUGUCACAAUUAUGGUUAUUAUAAUAAUGAUCUUCAUGGUUUUUUGUUAUUAUUUUUUUUGGUGUAGAAUUCAGAAAGGUUACACAUGGCAAUACAUCUGUCUUUUGUCUAAUGUUUAAAGAAUUAUGGAAAGUAUGGUAAAUAUGGAGAUAUAUGUUAUACAACUGAGGUAUCGAGGAUGAAAGUACACAUUACGAAUACUAUGUGAAUGGGAGAUUGUGGAUAAAUGCUAGUUUUCAUAGCUAUAUUGGUAUGAGGAGGUCCCUUGGAUCGUGACGUAGUUUCAUUAUAGUCUGGAUUAUUAUUAUAAUAGGUAUAAAAAUGAAGGAAAGUGUAUAUGAAUGGAAGGAAUGAUUUGUAACCUAAAAAACAUUUUUUGCGUCUAUCUGCUGUGAAGGCCUGGGAGUAAAACGUAAACUUUUGAUGCAUUUGAUCAGUUUACCCACAAUCCACAACAGAAUAUUACUUUUUACACUAAUCAAUUGUUCACCAGAUGUUGAUUACUGAUUUGGGACAUUCGAUUGUCAAAAGUACAUUAUUUGAAAACAAAGUGCAAGAUCACAAAUGAAAUUUAUGCUAAAAUUGAAUGAAUUGCAAACAUUGUAACUCUUUCAAGACACAGCAAUAAUGGCUGCGCUGGUGACUGUGCAUCAUUCGGCUGUGUUGAUGUGCAUGUCUUUAAUAGGCGCUGUACUGAGACACUUGACCAAGUCAGCAUGCUCAUUAUGUGUAACCACUGGUCGAUCCACUGGCGUUAAUCCAAGCGGCAAACUUCUUGUUCAGGGGGAUGAUCUUUUGUUUCAUCCCCUCACUUCAAUAGUAUGACAUCACAGAUAUAUGCCAAAGGGUAGGUCAUUGAAAAAGGUCAAAUUUUUUGUGAUUUCUGAUAAUCAAGGAAUCUUGAUUGUUCGAACUAUUCAAUUGUGUACCCUGGCUAACAGUUGAAUGGCAAAAAUUAUAUUCUUCCCAGACCUACUUUUUAAAAUUUAUUUCCAAAUCGCAUUGCAUCUUGGUAUACUGUAGCAAGAGAUGGGCUUCAUGAAAAUGGUGUAUCUAUAGCCAUUUACAUAUACAUGUACCUUAUUUUUUGCAGCUGAUGCACUGAUUUACUGUACAAUAUACAAGAAUAUCUUAAUCAAAUCAGAUGAAUGCAUAUCAAAUUUGUUGGUGAUUGAUCAGGGGAAAGUAACUUGAAAUAAUCAAGGAAUAUUAAAAAUUCAGUUAAUAUUGUAAUAGGGAAUGUCAAUUUUCAUAAUAUGAAUCAGAUCGUGAAAGCUGUUCAAAGAGUUAUUAAUUGAAUUGUAGAGAAGAGAUCAAUUGAUUGAAGUCUUCCAUAAUUUAGCCAUAAAUCAAUGGAUGAAAAGUCCUGAGCAUUUUCAAAGGUAAUUAUUUCUGAAUGCUUCUUAAAUCAAAUAAUCACUUUUAUAUGCCAAAAUUCUUUGAAGAGAAUUGAUGAAAUUAUUAUUUGUCUUUAAAAAUAACUUGGAAUUAUAAUUUUAUUCAGUUAGACAAUCAUUUUGGAAAGUAUUUUCAUGAAACCAGUCUCAUGUGUGCUAUAAGGAUUCCAAGAAUUUUUUAUUUUCUUGAUAACAUCAUCCUCAUUAAAUGUGUUUUACUCUUGAUAAUGCACACUUAUCAUUGUCCUGUGCAUGUUUUCUGUUUAUGUAUGAUAUGAUUCUCUUCAAAAGAGGUCCAGUUCCUGUCCUUUGAACAAAAGAAGUUUGAAAAAAUUGAGUUAUUUUGAAAAAAGUGACCUUUUAAAUUCAAUAUGCAAUCGACUCCUGCAUAAAGUUUUAUUUUCUGUUUUGAGAAUGUUACACAGUGACAACAGGAGCCUGAUUAAAUCAGAGUCCCAGGUUCAUAUCCUGGUUGGGAAAGUAUUGUUUUCUCAUUGUUUUUCUAUGAUUAUUUCCUUUUUAUAUUCAUUCAAUUGUUGAUCUUAAGAUUUCAUGGGAAGUAGAUUACAAUUUGCUGACUCCACAAUUGUGAAAAGGAGUGGAACUACAUCAGUGUAGCCAGCAAAAGACAUUCCUCUCCAGGCUCUUCCAGCCAAGGAGAGCGAGAUUAUGACUGAACAAUAUGAGGCAAUGUGUAAAACAUAUAGUGUAUUGCAUAAUAUGUUUAUUUCAAGUGAUAUUUUACAGGGUAUAAGCAACAACAAAAAAAGAUGUAGUUUUAUAAGCAUCUGAAUGAUAUGAAAGCUCAAGAAGACAUUGCUUUGAGUUACCUUUUCAGCUUUAUGUCAAAUUAGCAGAGUAAUUCAAUUAUUUGAUGGAGGAUUUAUUCAUGGAGAAUCACUGCCAAAAACCUUCUGAAAUGCCAGAAAGAUGCACGGUCAAUUUUACCAAUACAAUCACUUUUUAUCAAUUCUUCUUCAGCUACUUUUAGUAAAUUUCUAUAAAAAAGGGGGGAUUUCUUGACAGCAACUUGAAUAUCCAUCUUUGCAUAAGUGAUUUUUUUUCUGACUUACAUGGACAGUGCAUAUUUAAUGGCUGUGUAUCAUUGAAGAUGCAAAGUGUGUGAACGUCUGUUAACGUGACACAUACAUGUACUUGUAUGAACAAGGCCUAGGAAUUCAUUUCCAUUCAUGAUAUUCGUAAAUGUGGGGAUGUGGAAAAAAAAUGACUAAAUAUAUAUGAAUGCAUUUUAAAAUGUAAAAUUCAA